AUGAGCAGGGGUUUGACCCAGCUGCGGCACUUGACCCUGCAUUUGCCAGGCACGGAUACGGAGCUUCCCUUACCGCUCACAUUCCCACAGCUCCGAUCGCUCACAAUCUGCGCAGCUGGAUUGGAGAAGCUGCCAGAAGACAUUGCGACAACGUUACCGCAGCUGCGGGAGCUGAAUGUGGAGUGGACCGAGUCGCUGGACACAAUGCUGGGCAUGAGUGAGCUGCGGAGCCUCACAUCCUUGGAGACAGCUGCAGAUGGCGCCGAUAUAAGCUUUGUGCCUGUGACCAUCAGCUCCUUGCCUCAACUGCAGAAGCUGUGCGUGUAUGGCAGACGCUCAAGCAUACCCUCGCACAAUCAUCGCGUUGCGUUUCCCGGUCGCCUUCCUCUCUCGCGCAUCGCCUAUCACUCUCCUGUCGCCUUCGCGCUCUCUCUCCCGUCGCCUAACGCGCUCUCUCUCCCGUCGCCUCCGCGCUCUCUCUCCAGUCGCCUCCGCGCUCUCUCUCCCGUCGCCUCCGCGCUCUCACUCCCGUCGCCUUUGCGCUCUCUCAUCCGUCUCGCGCUCUCUCUCCCAUCGCCUUCGCACUCUCUCUCCCAUCGCCUUCGCGCAAUCUCCCCUCCCAUCCCGUCCACUUCAUCUCCUAUCGCUCACGUCCUCCCCUCCCAUCCCGUCGUUCGCCUCUUUUCCCCUCCCAUCCCGUCGUUCGCUUCCUUUCCCCUCCCAUCCCGUCGUUCGCUUCCUUUCCCCUCCCAUCCCGUCGUUCGCCUCCUUUCCCCUCCCAUCCCGUCGUUCGCCUCCUCUCCCCUCCCAUCCCGUCGUUCGCCUCCUUUCCCCUCCCAUCCCGUCGUUCGCUUCCUUUCCCCUCCCAUCCCGUCGUUCGCUUCCUUUCCCCUCCCAUCCCGUCGUUUGCUUCCUUUCCCCUCCCAUCCCGUCGUUCGCCUCCUUUCCCCUCCCAUCCCGUCGUUCGCUUCCUUUCCCCUCCCAUCCCGUCGUUUGCUUCCUUUCCCCUCCCAUCCCGUCGUUCGCCUCCUCUCCCCUCCAUCCCGUCGUUCGCCUCCUCUCCUCUCCUUUCCCGUCGUUCGCUUCCUUCCCCUCCCAUCCCGUCGUUCGCUUCCUUUCCCCUCCCAUCCCGUCAUUCGCCUCCUCUCUCCCUCCCUUCCGUAG